AUGAAAGAAAAUGAAUCAUCCUGGAUGCGAUCCUGGGACCUCUCGCAUGUUAAACGGAGACAUGCCACUAACCACGGAGCCGCUUUAUGCUGUGUAAUAAUCUGCAUUCCCGAAAUGUUCUGUUCACGGACGUCAUGUCCAGAAAAUGGAGUAUCAUAUUUGUUUAACGUCCAAAGAGUUAGCUGGAUGGAUGCAGCUAGACUAUGUGAAGAAGCCGGGGGAGUUUUAGCGAAAGUACAGUCGAUUAUUGAAGCAAAUUGUAUCUCCAGACAUUUAAAACAAAAUGGUGGCAGAUUUUUCAUUGGAGGAAACAAAUCCUCGUCUGGAGAUUGGACAUGGAUAGAUGGUACUCCAAUAACCCAGCCGACAUUCUGGGCUCCAAGUAAUGUGUAUCUUGAUCAUGAAAAUAGAAAGUAG